AUGGCUACCUCAGACAGACGUCUCGACUCUGCCGCGGACUUUGUUAUCAGCUGCGGAACCGUGACCACCGACGUCGAGAAAAAGAAGGUGCUUGUCAUACGCUGCCGCAACUCGGACGAACACUUGCUGCCCAAGGGUCGUAAAGACCUUAACGAAACUCUAGAGGACGCGGCCAAGCGGGAGACCUACGAGGAGACGGGCAUAAGAGUGGAUCUUCUGCCAGUCAAUAUCUCUACGCGAGCCACAACACCAUCCUCAGUAGCCCCCAACGACCGCCCAACCCACGUCACCGAACCCAUCGCCGUUGCUCAGCGCGUCUCAAACGGAGUUCUCAAGAUCAUAUUCUGGUUCGUCGCGACUGCCGACUCUACCGUUCCGCGGGAGGAGGGAACGCAGAAGGAGGAUGAAGAUUUCGAGGUUAGCUGGGUGGACGUUGAGGAAGUCGGUGACCGUCUUUCCUUCCCUGAUGAUCAACGCAUUGCCAGGGAGGCUUGUGCUGCGGUUUUUGGACCUGGAUGA